UUCAACCGUAUACGCGGUCGCAAGUUUACCAAAUUUGCAUGCAACUCUAAAAAUGAAAUCAUCAUUUUUUUUUUCCUUUGAAAGAAUUAAACAUGGCAGCAGUUUAACAUCAAUAAUUGUAUUGCGGGAAAGCCUUUUCUGGACCUGUGGGUUUCCUUCGCCACACAGAAGAUGCAAGUAGAGAAUUAUUUAUCAUCUAUUUUUCGUUCUGUUGUAGAGAUCUAGCUGAAGUAUUGCUUACCAUGCCAGCAUCGAAAACCCGUAAAAGCACCUGUUGUAAGUAAGCCGAUACUAUCUCCCGUGUCCUAACUCGUCUUCAGAUCGAUUUGAUCGAUAUGCGUGCUCGACCUGAUUGUAUUUCUAGUAACGUUGUGAUACGUUGUGUACCUUAUAAACAGUUAUUGAUUAAUCGUUCAGCUAUUAAUGAUGACGAUACUUCUCACACAACUCCACUGAAGAAGUUUAAUGCAAAACAUGUAAUAGAUUAUUGGGACUUCCAGAUGUUCAUUAUCUUGCGACCAUGUUGCAUCCAAAUUUAAAAAGUUUUAACCAUACACCCGACAAAAAAUUAUAUGCUGAAAAUUUAUUGAAAAUCGCAUUUAAUAAACUGACACCAUUAGAUACAAAUGUUCAAGAUAAAACAAAAACGAAAGAUGGUAAAAAGCUAGUCAAUCCAAUACCAAAGACACUUAUUGUCCCAUUAGAUGAAAUAUUUGAUAAACCGAUUGUAAAAGGUAAUUUGGUGAAACCAGCAUCAUCCAAAACAGAAUUAAACUUAUAUUUAUGUGAUGAAACAAAAAUUGAAAAAGAAACAAAUAUUUUCAAUUAUUGGAAAUUGAAUGAAACUCAAUAUCCUAUAUUAGCUCAGUUAGCUAAACAAAUACUUGCAUUCCUGCUAUAA